CAUAUUGUUUUCAGACGAUAAGAAAUACACAUUGAUUACAUCAUUUUAAAUAGUCGUAUAGCAGACAAACCGGAUCUCAGUUUACUUUUACUGGGGAGGCUUGCACGAAUCACAAUUUUCUGAAAAAAUGUCUAAAUUCAAUGGAACAUGGGUGGAUAAAGAAUUAGAUCCAAGCUUUGAUGCUUUUAUGGAUGCAAUAGGACUGGGGGAAUACAAGGAAAAAUACAGGAACGCAAGGACAACAGUAACAUACGAAUUUAAUGGAGAAAACUGGAAAAUAACAUGGCUCUCUUCGCUGUACCCCGACAAGCCCACGACGGUUAAUAUUCAAAUCGGGAAAGAGUUUGACACAAAAGGUCCUGAUGGAUCGGAUGUAAAGUCGACAUUCACCUUAAUAAGCGACUGUGAGAUCAAAGAACACGCCGUAACAAAUACUGAAGACGGCAAAAACCGAGAAUUCAUAGUCACCAGAAAGGUUAAUGGAGAUGUUUUGGACUAUACCACAGAGGCUAUUCCCUCUAAGGCUAAAAUGAAAGGGAGAAUGUACAGAAAAAAGUAAUGAAA